CGUGAUGUGAGCAGUGUAUUUAGUCUGCAGCUUAUAGGACAAGGCGGAGAAAGGUGGGAGCGAGGGCGAUGUCAACCUGGAGAUUUGAUGCGGGUUCGGGUGUAUGCGUCAUCGGGCUAGGCACGCUCCGAUGCCUACACCCGUGCUUCUCAUGGCGGCUGGAGUAUGUUGAAUCAUUGAAACUGCUGCACUGCUGCCCUCUGUACUUUGGCUCACUCCCUGCCGUGUCCUUGCGUGUUUAGCCCAUCUCCAGCAGCCCGUCACACCGGCCAUGAAGUGUUGAUCAUCGCGUCUAGGGCUGGAGCCAAGGCUUGCACGGUCUCGGUAGACGGCUAUCUCAAAAACUCCUUAUUCACUACCCCAAACCUGGUCGGGGGCGGGCUCCACUUUGACAUGGCCGCUGCCCAUGCUCAACCCACGAGUAUCCACGAUGCCAACGACCAGGCUCUCUGGCCCCAGGCCCCCGUGCAACUCGCGCGUGGACGGCAGCCCAGAGACGCGCUCGCGAAGACGGUGCCCUACGGCCCCAUCCGCUCCCUCGACCAAUUCGAGACGUCAUUACGCGAAUACCUAAGAAGCCCGCCAGAAGAGCCUGAGCAUACCGAAGCCCAGUUCGCCUUCGACAUCGACACGUCCUUUGCCGUCCCUUCACCAACUAAGCCGAACCCAUCGCAGCAGCCUCAUCAGGCAACUCACCCGCCUCCGCCGCCGCCGCCCCAACAGCAACAGUCGCACGCCAUACACCAAUACAGCCAUGCGCCGCCCGGCUACCAGCCCGCACACUUUGCUGGCCCUUCGCAGUACCAGUCCCUCUCAGACGCCAGCUUCGCCCUGGGCCACAACUUCACCGAGUCCAUCGAGCCCAACAAUGGCGCGCCCAAGCCGGCGGAGCAGAAAACCGCCCUGAGCAUACGAGAGGCUUUGCAGCCGACAGCGGACCCCAAGGAGAAGAUGCGGAAACAGAGGGCAGUCGCCAAGUGCUGCGUCGACACGAUACAGAAGAUCGACGGAUACCGCUACAGCUUCCACAACUGUUGGAACAGCAGGGAGGACGACAGCUUCCGCUUCUCCUACUACUGCAACGACUCGCUCCUCAACAAGGACCGCGCUGCCAACGGCAAGGGUGCCAAGUUGGGCAAACGUGCGACCAAGCCCGUCUACGACUGUAAAGGCGUCUUGUCCAUCAAGUUCUCGGCCACCAAGCAGACACUCGACGUCUUCUACAAGCAUGUGCCCAUACACAAGACAUACGAGGAACGCGCCCCGCCCCCACGCAAAGACUCCAAGCGGCGCAAGUAUCUCGAGGAGAACGACCCAGAGGCUUUGGCUAGGCUCGCAAGCCGCUCGAGACAGCUGAGCAGUGAGGAUCCAGACACGCCCAGGAUCAAGAAGAAGCGAUCCGACCCUCUGCCCGAGCCUCCAAGGCCAUCCAACACGAUUGAGAGCGACCUGAGACAACAGAGUCUGCGUAUGUUGCUAGAGCUGAUCCAGGUAGAGCCACCUACGCAUUCGCAGCACACGCUCAUUGAGCCUCCACCACCUCCGCCUCCACCACCUCGUCCUCCCCCGCAAAAGCCUCACCCUGGGUCGCGCCCUACACUACAUGUUGAAACGCAAUCAGUAUCAGCACCACAGCGGAAGCGGCCGAGGAACAGUUGCGAUGUCUGCAAGGCUAAGAAGACCAAGUGUGAUGGCAUCAAGCCCAUAUGUUCGACAUGCAACGACAAGAGACGGCUGUGUGUAUACUCUGAGCCAGCGAGUGGCGAAGACCAGCGACCACCUACACAAGCCCCCGAACCGGCAGCUCAUCCCGCUGGCGAAUCCGAGCUUGCAAAGAUCAUGAAGGAGCUCGAGGAAACCAAGGCAAAGCUGAAACAUUAUGAGGCUCGGGAGCGAGCUUCGACUACCCCAAUCCAGACGCCGCAAAUGGCGCCACGACCUCGCUCGCAGCAAUCCCAAGUCCAACAAAAGCCGCCGCCUCCGCCUCCGCAACCACCACAACAAACUCAUGUUCAACAACAGCCGCAACCAGUACAGGUCCCGCAACAGCCUCGUCACCGAUCACAAGUGUCGCAGUCACAGACGUUACCCCAUGUGUCUCAGCAGCAACCGCAACGUCAACAUUCAAUACCAAACCACCGUCAACAACUGCAACAACUCAAUCAAGGUCUGCCGCACGGCGUGAGAAGCCCACAACAACAGCUAGCCUACAAGAUGGGUAGCCAAUCACCCCAACAGCGCCUACAGAACCCGCCGCAACAACUACCGCAGCAGCACCAGCAGCACCAGCAGCACCAGCAGAUUGGGCCUUCACAGCAGUCUAUGACUCCACAACAGCAGUUCCAGGCAGCGACAGCCCAACAAAUGCAAACCACACAGCUUCAGACACAUCAAAACUAUUUUGCAGCCAACCACUCCAACCACUCUCCGUAUGGCACGCUCAAUCGGCCCAUGCCGCAGAACACGCUGCCAGUCAAUCCCAUGGCAUCGCAGCCAAUGGUGACGCAAAACAGCAUGUCAGCACAGACGAACGCGCAUUUACCACAGACGCAGCCUCAACAGCCACCGGCGCCUACCAUCGAUGUAAAUAAUUCGUAUGGACGUCCUGGGGAGUUUGCAUGGGCACCCACUGGGUAUUAUGGAUAUCAAAGUGCGGCACCACAACAACAACAACAACAACAACAACAACAACAACAGCAACAGCAGCAGCAACAACAACAACAACAACAACAGCCACAACAACCACAACAAGACCAAUGGGCUGCGGCGAGAGGGUCAGGUGUUUUUAGAUAAGGACCGGGUAGCCUGGUCCUAUGACGAGGCUACUUAUCACUGUCUUGAGUUGACGAGGAAAUGGCUGCUGUUACAUUGGCGCCAAAUCAUGAUUUAGGAUAUUUUGGCUUUCAGCGAUACGAAUACUAGAUACCCAGGAUAUAUCUUCUUCCAUUUGCGGGAAGAUUGGCACACUAUAUACACGCAUGUUACGAAUUUGAAUGAAGGAAUGACCAUGGUAUAAUUAUGCUUCUGCA